CGGCUUACUCCGCCCUCCACCCGCACGCCCCGGCCCCGCUGUCUGCAGUCUGCACACAACCUUGGCGGAGGUUGGUCGAGCAGCGUCGGCUUGUUAGUGUUUGACUACGCAACUUGAAUCGUGUUAGUGUGUUUGCGUGUACCACCAGCAUGGAGGUAAGAACAAGAUGUGCGGAAGGACAUGUGACAGCUGUGGCUCUGCAGGUGUGUUACGAGUCACCUCUUGUUAAUUAUGCGACGCUGUUGUUGGUGGGGCGUGAAAAGUGUGUGUGGAAUGAUCAAGAAUAGUGUCUUGUGUCAGUGAUUGAGCUCGGUUGAAAUUGGAAAACGCUCAUCAAAAUGGCUCCCCAGCAAGGAAGAGUAAACAAGGCGUCGCCAGACAUCGCAGACCUUGUUCAGAAUAAUAUUUCGCUCAUUGUCAAUGAUAAAACAUAUACAGUUGGUCCGGACGUGCCACCGUGGACUCGCCUGGUGGACUUCAUAAGAGAGGUAGUGCAGGCGCCGGGCACCAAGGCACUGUGUCGGGAAGGAGGCUGUGGUGUAUGCACCGUAGUGGCAACAGUUCCAGACCGUGAGUCGCCUGGCCACACCAAGACUUUCAGCGUGCAGGCGUGUCAGGCAAUGCUGUAUGCCUGUGCAGGAUGGAAGAUCGAGACUAUAGAAAGUUUGGGGAACCGCUACACAGGUUAUCACCCCAUACAGAAGGCUCUGCAUGGCUUCUAUGGGACUCAGUGUGGCUUUUGCUCACCAGGCAUGAUCAUGACCAUGUAUGGCCAGACAAAGGAGUCUGGGCCACUCACUUCUGCCAAGGUAGAAGCAUCACUGGAUGGGAACAUUUGUCGCUGCACUGGCUACCGGCCCAUCCUGGACGCCUUCAAAUCCAUGACUGUGGAUGCAGACCCUGGUCUGAAGGAAAGACUUGUGGAUAUAGAGGAGGCCUACAGUGGUGUCUGUGAGAAGAAUGGCAGUGUUGGCUGUGGUGGCUGUAAGGGGAAGGAAGGUGGAGGAUGUAAGAAGAGUACUACAGAACACCUUCCCUCCAAUCCUGGAGACAUACGGAUAUCCAUUGGUUCUGUUCGCUGGUUCCGACCAACAAACAUCAAUGGCAUGUACAGUAUUCUUAGGAGUAUUGGCACUGAGGAGAAGUAUCGGAUUGUUGUGGGCAACACUGGGCAAGGAGUGUUCAAGAAUGACGGUCCAUAUUCGGCCUACAUCUCUACUGAUGGUAUUGAGGAGCUGUACAACACCUCAGUGGGUGUGCCCCUGCAGCUGGGUGCCAAUGUGAGCUUGACCAGGGCCAUGGAGUUGUUUCACCACAUGGCCAAAACACAGCCAAGAUACAGUUAUUUAGAGGUUCUUGCCAACCAUUGGCAAGUGGUGGCCAAUGUGGCUGUCAGGAAUACAGGUAGCUGGGCUGGCAAUUUGAUGCUGAAACAUGCUCAUCAAGGAUUCCAGUCAGAUAUCUUCUUGACACUUCUUGCUGCUAAGGCAGAGCUGACCAUUGGCAGUGCUGAGGAUGCUUCUACAACCCACAUGGACCUUGAGCAAUUCCUCAGGACAGACAUGUCCAAAAAAGUCAUCCUCUCUGUGACGCUUCCACCUGCAUCACACAACACAAAGUUGCGGACAUUCAAGAUCACACCACGAGCCGUCAAUGCACAUGCCUAUGUCAAUGCCUGCUUCAGAAUGGAGGUGGACCCAACAGACAAUUUCAAGGUUACCAACAAACCUUUCAUCUGCCUUGGGGGUAUCAACCCGAAUUUCAUCCAUGCUACUGAAACGGAGAAUUUUCUGAUGGGGCGGAGGCUGGCUGAUGAAGCUACAGUGGUGGAGGCUGCAGAGAUACUUGGCCGAGAGGUGCAGCCAGAUAACCUUCCACAGGAUGCCUCUCCAGCCUAUCGUCGAAGUCUUUCCCAAGCACUGCUAUAUAAGACUAUUAUUGGAUUUUUGGGCAACAAAGUGAAUCCCAAGCUUGCCAGUGCUGGACCAAAUAUUGAGCGUCCCCUGUCCUCUGGCCGUCAGGAGUUUGACAUGGAUCGGGAAGCUUGGCCCAUUGGAGAGCCUGUGCCAAAGCUGGAAUCUGCCACUCAAAUAUCUGGUGAAGCAACAUACCUCGAUGACAUCCCUUACCUACCCAAUGAGCUCCAUGGUGCCCUGGUUCAGACUACUCAUGCAAAUGCUAAGAUACUGCAAGUGGAUACCUCUGAGGCCCUCAGACUGAAGGGUGUGGUGGCCUUUGUAGAUGCUGCUGACAUUCCUGGAAAAAAUAGCUUUGUUGUCAGUGCUGGAGCUUAUCCUGACCCUGUAUUUGUAGAGGAGCGUUCAAAAUAUGCUGGCCAACCUGUGGGUCUGAUAGUGGCGCAGGACAGGGAUACAGCAGUGCGAGCUGCCCAGUUGGUGGUAGUGAGUUAUGAGAAUGUCAAGAAGCCAGUGUUGACAAUUGGGCAGGCACUGGUUGAAGGGGGACGGGAUGAGAUUGUCAAUUUUGCCUUCACUGGCACUGUAGACCCAGCAGUCCUUGGAGACCCGGAAGGCCAGCUGGAGGUUGCACCACAUCGUUUGAAGGGAAAUCUGAUUCAGGGGAGCCAGUUUCACCUUAAUAUGGAAGCCUUAGCUGCUCGAGUGGUUCCCAUAGAGGAUGGAUAUGAUCUCUACUGCACAUCACAGUGGCCCUCUGAAACCCAGGCUACUGUUGCCCAAGUGCUUGGGAUUACUGCAAACAGUAUCAAUAUGUCAGUGCGGCGAAUUGGUGGUGGUUAUGGGGCCAAGAUCAGUCGCCAGAAUGUUGUGGCGGCAGCAGCAGCCGUGGCAGCCAGGAAUCUCCAGCAGCCUGUGAGGGUCGUGACAGACCUGAACACAAACAUGACUUUGGCUGGCUGGAGAGACCCAUACUAUGCAACUUAUGAUGUUGGAUUUGAAGACACGGGCAAGCUCACGUCCCUUGUAGUCGAUCUUUAUAGCGAUGCUGGCCACGUCUCCAACGAGUCUCCCGUAGGCUUCCUAGCAAGUGUCAUCCAGAACUGCUAUUUUGUUCCCAACUUACGAUACACACCUCAUAUUGUGAACACUGACACUGCUGCCAACACUUGGUGCCGGACACCUGGUCACAUUAAUGCCAUAGGUACCAUGGAGAACAUUUUAGACCACAUUGCAUCCUAUCUGAAAAAGGAUCCUUUGGAGGUGCGUCAGCUGAACCUAAUCACACCAGGUGUACCAAGGCUUUGUGCAUCACCCCAUGAACAGACUCCAAUAAAGGAUGUGAUUUUGCCAUUGUUGUUUGAGAAGGCAAACUUUGUCCAGCGCAAGGCUGAGGUGGAAGAGUUUAAUAGGAACAACAGGUGGAAGAAACGAGGGAUUGCAGUGAUGCCUGAGUACUAUGGUUUUGAUUAUCCACCAGUCUUCCGUUAUGGUCUCCAAGUCAGUAUAUAUGCGCAUGAUGGAACAGUAGCUAUCACCCAUGGAGGCAUUGAAAUGGGACAGGGCAUCAACACCAAGGUGGCUCAGGUAGCAGCCUACACACUGGGCAUCCCAUUGGCACAGGUGAUUGUCAAGGCCUCAGAGACAACAGUAGGGGCAAACUCCACUGUCACUGGUGGAUCUUUUGGCACUGACCUCUGUGCACAUGGUGUCAGAAAGGCAUGUUUAGCACUUAAAGAACGUAUGGAUGUUGAAAAGGAGAAGAUGAAGAAGGACAGCGGAAAAGAACCAUCAUGGCUGCAGCUGGUGCAGCACUGUUUGAAUCAUGAUGUGGAUCUGUGUGAACGUUAUUGGACUGCUGUAAAGGAACAUCCUCCUCGAUAUGACAUUUGGGCAGCUUGUUGCCUGGAAGUGGAAGUGGAUGUGUUGACAGGCAUAUAUAUGAUACGGCGAGCAGAUGUAAUUGAAGAUGCUGGACGCAGCAUGAAUCCUUUUGUUGAUGUUGGACAGGUGGAAGGAGCCUUCAUCAUGGGACUGGGUCUCUGUACCUCAGAAAAAGUGAAGUUUGAUCCCCAUACUGGCCAAAAGUUAUCAAAUGGGACGUGGGAAUACAAGCCACCAACAGCCCUGGACAUCCCAGCAGACUUGAGGGUAACCCUGCUACCUAAUGCCAAGCAGCCAUAUGGCGUUCUCGGCUCCAAAGCUACUGGGGAGCCUCCUCUCUGCCUCUCCUACGUGAUAGUGUCUGCUCUGCGCCAAGCCAUCACCGCCUUCAGAGCAGAAAAUGGAGAUGACUCUUGGUUCCAGAUGAACACCCCACUGACAGUAGAAGCAGUGCAGAGACUUUGUGAUGUCAACCCACAGAUGUUCAAGUUGGCGUAGUCAGUGCACCGUCAGGAACCACAAGGACCACUACAACAUUCUAUUUUCCUGCUAAUAUAAUAAGUAUAGUUUAAUCCUAACCUCCUUCAUGGUCUUUAUGGAUGAACUGUAAGGGUGAUUAACUUAACAGCAGCUAUAUCAGUAACUUUAAUCAUGAGUAAAUAGUGUUACAUUUGCUUUAUUAUAAGGAGUAAAUAGUUUGAUAACCUAUAUCUCAAAACAUAACUGUAUAAUUGUGUUGGUUUGCUUAGUAUUAUAUUAUAUAAAUUAGUUAUAUGUUUUAGUUUUGUAUUGAUCUUUAGCUUCCUUGAAGAUGCUGUCAAAAAGCCUGCAACAGUGCCAUGUACUGGUUUUCCUCAAUACACAAUGGUUUACGUUCCUGAAAAUGCAAUUGUAAGUGAAUAAUCAUAGAAAAUUUAGAAAUAAAUGGAAAAAAAAUAAGGAUCUUAUGUGUUCCAAGAUGUGUAUGUAUGUGCCCUAAUUCCAUAAAGGUGAUGAAAUAUCAUGUAAAUACGGUUAUUGAGGAAAUGCAUGUUACAUAAACCAAAUAAGGAAUAAAACAAUAAUAUAAAAGAUCAAGAUGAUUUGUAUAUGGACUGAUAUCAUCUCCAUUGGGGCUGGAUGUCUGUUGCCCUACUGACCCCUCUGAGGCCAAGGGACAUCCAGGGUCUCUGUGUGGUCACUCCUCAUCAUCCUCAUCGGAGACAAGGAGGGGGUCCACUGUGGAACACUGGGAUACUGUAGCAAUAAGAUAAUUUUGCUAGUGGGUGAAUGUAUUGUUUGUAAGUGGAUAUUAUAACAUGUCAGAGUAAUCCACGCAUGGUUAGUUGGUCCGCACAUGGUUAAUUGGUCAUCUUACUUCUACUGGGAUCAGUGUAAAGACACAGCUUUCAUGCCUGUUGUUUGGUAGUUAUUUGGCAUAGCAAACCUGGCCAAUAUGAUCUAAUAAUUAAUCAUUCCUCUGAGAUUUCUAUUAUGUUAUUAUUAGAGGUUGGUGCUCUUGUGAUAUAUCUUUUUAGAUGAAAAAUGAGGAGAAACUGACAAUGUAAUAUGUGUAAAUUAGAGACUAUUUUCAUAUAUAUGAGCACAAAAUUCCUUUUAAGCAUAUAGAGUGCAAGUACAAUGUACAGUGUGUUUUAUCUGGCUGAUAAAUAGUUGGAUGUGUUAGUGUUACUGCUGGUGUAUUUUUUUGUUUGUUGUCUUUGGUGUGUUGCUGUUGGUGAGUGACUGACCAUGUGGUGUCCAGAAUGUGCCUUCUUUGCCUCUCAGUUCUAAAUAUGCCUUCCAAGCAGCCAACGAGUUGUUAGCAGCAAGUGGAUUAUUCUUUCCUGUGUCACUCUGAAAAGCUUGCCUCACUAGAUCAGUGACAAAGAGAGUACUGGGAUGGUCUAAACCAUACAGUUCUGUGCCACUAAGUUCUUAAUACAUCUUUUUUAGCUAAAUAAUUUAUAUGCUGAAGAUGUUAUAGCACAGCCAUGGACUACUGUCUGGGAACGGAUUAAUCCAUUAUGUGUAGAUUUGUAUAGGAAAAUUUUUUUUUGUUUCCGAAUUGUCCUAAAAAUUAAAUUAAGUUUGAGAACCAAAGUUCCACUGUUCAAUAAUUAUUAUAUGAACAAUUUUAGUGUCAUCAGGACCUCCCUGUAGCAGACAGGAAUGGAAAGGCACAUGAGAAGGUAGGAAUUAUGAAAAAUAAGAGUUUAGAGUAGGAUUUAAAAAAAUGGAAUAAUUUAAUGAAGUGAUGCUUCAAAAAGGGAUAAAGGGUAAAACACUCAACAGUAAAUCUUAACUUUUCUGUUUAAUAGCUGUGAAAGAAUAAAAACCUGUACUUGGGUAGUGAACAUUGCAUAAUACAUACCUGUGUUGUGUAUUAUCAGGUGGAUGAGCACUGGAGUGUGGUAGAAAUAUUCAGUUUAAGACAAUGGUUCCACUUGUCAGUCUUACUGUAGGUGAGAAAUUCUUGUGAAUUUCCAAAGUACUUCACCAUCUGGAAAUAAAUGGUUUGUUAUCACUAAGAAAACUAAAUGCAAUCACUAAGCCACUCAAUACACUGAAAUCACUAAUAAAUUUCUGUACAAACAAC